UCCAAGGAAGGAUAGAAGGGAAUAUGCCCUCAAUUAACGGCUUAUGAUUACACCUCCAUUCCUAAAGCACUGCAAUAAAAACAUCCAGAGAGCUCACAAGUGCAUCUUUUCCGGCCCAUCACUCAAUGCCCUCAGAUGGAAGUCUGUAAAUCGAAUUUCAACGUGUGUAUGGCAGUUUUAUGGCUAUACGUUACUAGCUCUACAUAGACCAGAACCGUGUUUUACUGCGAUUGGAAGCCGUUCCUAAGUGGGCAAUCGAGCCGAUGCCAGCCAAGUUAUCGAACGAGUGGUUUCAACCACUUGAGUUCCAAAGCAGAUUAAAUUUUGGAAACAAGUCAUGGUAAAAACUGAAGUCAUCCCGCAUUAACCUCAACAUGGAGCUUAACUACGUUUAUGCUUUCAAAGUUGUACUUGUCCUAUUGCAAAUCCACUCAAAAGGAUGUUGCUAUGACAUUUUUAACUCCAACAAACAAUUCGAGGAUCCCAUUCUAAAUUCCAAUACCGUGUGCAAAAACACGCCGUCGCUGAAUCGAGAGCAGAUGAGGCUUUGUAAAGAAUUACCCGACGUUGUGGCGAGCGCUUUACAAGGAAUGCAGUAUGCUGUUCACGAGUGUCAGGCYCAGUUUCGUUACCGUCGCUGGAACUGUUCUUCGUUAGAGAUGAAGAACCGAAAUCCAAUGUCGAACCCUCUCCUAAAACAAGGGUUUCGUGAAACGGCAUUCGUGCAUGCUAUUGCAUCGGCUGGAAUAACCAGUGCUGUAGCCAAGGCCUGCAGCAUUGGCAAGCUUGCCACCUGUACAUGUGAUCAAUCGAUGAGAGGAAAAGGCGACGGUUGGCAGUGGGGUGGGUGUGGCGACAACAUGAAAUAUGGAGCCAAGUUCUCAGCACGAUUUUUGGAUUCGCGUGAGACUGGACGCGAUAUUCAUUCUUUAAUGAAUUUACACAACAACUUAGUUGGACGAAAGACAGUUAUAGAAAACUCGAAGACAAAAUGCAAAUGUCAUGGAAUGUGUGGUUCCUGCAGCGUGAAGACUUGCUGGAAAACUGUUCCAAACUUUCGAGAGGUUGGUGAUCUUCUGAUGGAAAAAUAUGACUUUGCAACGCUAAUACGCGUAAACAAUAGAAUCCGCAGCAGCAAGGUCAAACUAAGACCUGUAAGAAGAAAGUUCAGGAGAUCUGGUUUCAAAGGAGAAUUAGUUUAUUUUGAAAAUUCCCCAGAUUUUUGUAAACCUGAUAAUUCGUUACUCAUACAAGGAACAGAGGGACGCGUCUGCUCCAGGGACUCGUUAGACACAGAUAAUUGCAAAAGUCUGUGCUGUAGUCGGCCCUACGGAACCAAGAAACUCUCCGUCACCAAGAGGUGCAGAUGUCAUUUUAAUUGGUGCUGUUACGUAAUAUGUGACGUAUGUGAAGAAACGUCAGUUCUCAAUGUUUGCACGUAAAUUCAACAUUACCGUACCUGAAGACCCAACUUAGGCUUGAAGCUGCAAGGAAGCCUUGUAGUAUGAUUCAAAGAAACCUUAGACAAAUUGCCCAAAGUCAAAAAAGACACUGGAUGAUACCAUGCAUGCAAAGGGCCAAAGCAAGUGGGAAUGCAAAGGAAUAUGUGCAUGCCUCAUAAAAACGAAGGACACGGAAGUUAGGGUAAGGCGGUCAGGUACACAGUUUCCCCUGAAAAACGAGUGUGUGUCCCUUGUUUUAGUAAUCCUGGGGAAAAAAACGUCACAAAACAAAACAUUUGCUUCCUAUGUUCCUGAAAAUUAUAAUUUGUUCAGUGGGAGGUUAAUUAUUACAAAGUUUCUCUUUCAGCUCCUCAAUAAUAAUCUUUAAGAGUAUAUACAUAUACCYGUAAGAAAGAAAAAUAUAAAAUACAGCAACAUUUCCAAGAAAAGCAAAGAUGUUAUAAACAGCGCAAACAUGAAAACAUAUUCUAAUUUAUGAUAAAUAUAUAAUUGCUGUAUAUUACUUUGCUUUAUGGGUGAUUUUUUGUCCAUAGAGAUACCAAAAGCUAGCCAGGUUGAUCUUAUUACGAAAUACAUUUAUUGAUAACACAGACUAUUUUCAAGAUGUUUUCCUUUAAAAACCAAAAUGUAUUUUUAGCCAGUGAUCAUGAUUUAUGCUAUUAGCUGUUUUUGUUUAUGUUAUUUAGAAAAAAGCACUUACUGAAGCUCAAAAUGUUGAAGUYUUAGGUUGAUUAAAGGCAUAAAAUAAAAGGAUAUGGCGAUUGAA